CACCUUCCUUAUCUUCAAAAUUUUAUGGACAAUAUACGUUUUGUGGAGAAACAGAAAGAGGAGGGAGGCACGAGAAGAAGCUGAAAGGUAAGUAAGCUAAUAUCUUUGAGCUGAACAUGGAGAAUCACGUCAGUCACGUGACCACCACCGCAGAGCAGCCCAGCAACGAAGCCAGACUGGGCAUACUGGAGCUGGCCAACAUGAUCAGCGUCCCCAUGUCCCUAAACGCCGUCGUUCGCCUCAACGUCCCCGAUGCCAUCUGGCAAGGCGGCUCAAACACGCCCCUCUCCGCCUCCGCCAUCCUCUCACAUGUACUCCCCGACGGAGGCGGCGACGCCGAGAACCUCCAGCGCAUCCUCCGCAUGCUCACCAGCUACGGUGUGUUUGCGGAGCACCUGGUCAACGCCGACGACGACGGCGGCUCCCAUCAAAGAAAGUUCUCCCUCACCGAGAUUGGUAAAACGCUCGUCACCGACCAAAACGGUCUGUCGUACGGCCCUUACAUCCUCCAACACCACCAGGAUGUGCUAAUGGGGGCGUGGCCUAUGGUGCAUGAGGCUGUGGUGGACCCCACGGUAGAGCCGUUCGUGAAGGUGAACGGUGAGCCGGCGUACGAGUACUAUGGGAAGAAGCCGGAGAUGAACGGCUUGAUGCAGAGAGCAAUGUCGGGUGUAUCGGUGCCGUUCAUGAAGGCGAUAUUGGACGGCUACGAUGGAUUUGAAGGAGUGGGGAGAUUGGUUGAUGUGGGUGGGAGUGCUGGGGAUUGCCUGCGGAUGAUCCUACAGAAGCAUCCUAGUGUUCGGGAAGGGAUUAACUUUGAUUUGCCUGAGGUCGUUGCCAAGGCACCAACUAUAGCUGGAGUGAGUCAUGUUGGUGGUGACAUGUUCAAGUCAAUUCCCAGUGGAGAUGCUAUUUUCAUGAAGUGGGUUUUAUCAACAUGGACGGAUAGCGAAUGCAAGCUGAUCAUGGAGAAUUGUUACAAAGCGCUUCCAGUAGGAGGGAAGCUGAUAGCUUGUGAGCCGGUGUUGCCAACGAAAUCAGACGACAGUCGUAGGACGCGUGCCCUCCUAGAAAACGACAUAUUCGUGAUGACAAUCUAUAGGGCCAAGGGCAAGAAUCGGACUGAGGAUGAGUUACGGCAGCUUGGUCUCUCUGCUGGCUUCUCUCACUUCAAACCAAUCUACAUCGAUUAUUUUUACACCGUCUUAGAAUUCCAAAAGUGAUAAGUGUAGUAUGGCUUUAAUUUGGAAAUUUUCAACUGUAUGUUUCUAUUUGAUUAGAGCAAAUGAAGAGUAAUAUAUAUAAAUUAACUCCUUCAA